AAUCUGUUGUAUUUACAUGAUGACAGCCCUUAACUUUGCAGUCUGUUUGUGAAGUCACUUGGGAUCACGCUGACAAUUAAUCCUAAUUGGUGUUGCACUCUAUUUUAGUGGAGUAAUUAGCCACCUACUUAGUUGUCUAGUGAAUUUUGAGGAUUUAAUUUAUUGUCGAGAUGAUGGCUCAGUUCACCAAACGGCAGUGGCUGACUCUAAUUGUCAUCAGUAUUGCCGAUUUUGCUAAUGCUGUGUGUGUAUCGCUACAAGCACCAUUCUAUCCUCAAGAGGCUGAAAAAAAAGGUGCCUCUCCGUCAGAAUACGGUUUAGUAUUUGGAAUAUUCGAGCUGGUCGUCUUCGUCAUCAGCCCUAUAUAUGGACAACGCUUGAAUCGAAUCGGCCCUAAACUGCUGUUCAAUGGCGGCAUUUUGACGACUGGAACAUGUGCCAUAUUCUUCGGAUUACUAGACAAGGUUGAUGGUCACUACCCUUUCAUCAUUCUAUCUUUCGUGAUCAGAAUUGUUGAGGCACUUGGCAAUGCUGCUUUUCUCACCGCGAGUUUCGCUAUCAUUGCGAAGGAAUUCCCGGAUAAUGUCGCCACCACGUUUGCUAGUUUGGAAACAUUUUUUGGUUUGGGACUAAUCGUGGGACCUACUGUGGGCGGUGCCCUCUACCAGGUGGGUGGAUACACUACCCCAUUCGCCGUCCUAGGAUCAGCUUUAUUUUUAGCAGCGAUAAUGACAGCGUUUGUAUUGCCGGUUCACAAUGAUACCCCCGCAGACGAUCACAAAUCUGGAGGAUUUAUGAAAGUCCUGAAAAUCCCAGGUGUCAUGGUAGCCACUGCCUCAAUUAUAGCAACAAGCAUGAGCAUCGGAUUUCUCCAGGCAACUCUCGAACCCCAUUUACGAGAAUUCAAUCUGAGUCCAGUUGUACUUGGUCUUAUGUUUGUAAUUAACGGUGGAAUUUAUGCUCUUACGGCACCUGCAUGGGGCUGGCUGUGCGAUAGAAAAUAUACACCAAAGGUUGCUACAGUGGCUGGUUGUCAUCUGGUGAUGGCGGGCUUUAGUUUAAUUGGACCCGCGCCAUUUAUUCCUUGUGAAACUAAAAUUUGGCUGACAAUAAUUGGUCUUGUGAUUCAUGGAUUGGGAAUGGCCGCUCAGCUGGUAGCCAGUUUCACUGAUGCCUUGAAUACGUCGAUAGCACAUGGUUUUCCAAAUAAUCUUGAAACUUAUGGCCUGAUAAGUGGUUUAUGGACAAGUGCUUUUGCCCUGGGAGCAUUCAUAGGUCCCAGUGUGGCAGGAAUUCUCCUCGACAACAUCGGAUUCAGAGAAGCCUCAAUGUUCAUCGUUAUUCUGCACUUAUUAGUGGGUAUUGCCGCAGCAGUAUUCCUCUUCUUCUCACGGACUCCUAAACCGUUCGCGGAGAUCGGGACUGAUGAUGAUCUACGCGUAUCUCUGACAGACAGUGGAAGAUCACACAGCACGAGUUCAUUCAUACGUGGCCAUCGUCAAGGCGUUCCAAUCGAUCGCCCAAGUGGCAUGAAUUCUCUAAUUGCAUGCAAUAGCUAUUCAAAUCGUGCGGGUGCAUGGUCGAGGGCUUCGUACAGCGGUCGAUUCACACACAGUUAUGGCUCCAUCGAGGUCAAACGAUACCUGGAAAGGACAACAUGAAAUUUCACUCACCGAAAUCACCGCACUCUAGCUGAUUUUGUUAUCUAAAUUAGGAAAUCAUCCAAAGACAGCUUUAUGACAAUUUAGGCGUCCCGCGACAAUUGUACAUAUCUUCAUUUUUUUAUACUCUAUACUUUGUUAAUCAUGUUUAGUACAUUUCAAUUUAUAUGGAAUUUCAUUUUUUAAAUUGUUCUAGUGAAUAGUAAUCUUGUUGUGAAGUGGUAUAUCAGCCAUUUUUGCUCAUAAAUUGGAAUAAAAAUGACCAUUUUCUCCCUGAUUUUCCGGAAUUUCCAAGAAAUUUGUCUCAAAUUUUAAGGAAAAAAAUUUCGAACUACUGCUUUGCUACAGGAAUAUUAUCUGAGUGAAUUAAAUUAAAUAAAACUAUUCGUCGCAAGUCGUUUCAGUUAAAAAUGUAUUCGGCGUACUGUUAGAAUGAAAUUUCUUGUUUUUUUAUCUUGAAAUUACUUAAAUUUCAAAAAAUUUCUAACAAUUUGCUCUUGAUCAAUUGUUAAAAAUUUAAAAAAAUGACUUAACUCGCUUUACUGCCGACUUGUUCUCACAAUAAAGUCCCUCCAUACAAUUCGAAUCGCAAUCGAAAUACACUUUUUCCCAAUACUCGGAAAUUGCAAGUUUGUAUGCCAAAUGUUAUUUCACAUACCCCGGGAAGAAUUCCAAUGCGUCUCCCCCCUUACGUGAUCCAACUUUCCGUGUAUCUAAUUACUGAUGCAAAAAUGUUGCACGAGGAGAAAUAAAGAGAAUUGCCCAAACAAAACCUCAAACAAAAGUAAAAUUAUCAUAUAUAUAUGCAAUACCACAAGACCAUUGGAUACAUUUUUACGAAAAAUCACAAGUAUUUCCAGAAACAAAAGCACGAUUUUUUUCAUUUUAGAGAUAAUGGGAAGUCAAUAAAAUGCAACUAAGAAAUGCGCCAAGAUACUUACACAGAGAGAAAAUUUUUUUUUACCAAGAAUAUUUACUAAUCUCAAGAAAAUAUAUUUGGCAUUAGUAAAUCUUAUGGGAGUAUUUAUACAGUAAUUGCCAGAUUUACUAGUCGGAAGAAAAUAUAUUUGGCAAAAGCAUUUUUUUUUCUCAGUGUAGAUGGCAUACAAUCUCUUAAAUAUUUCAGUUUUUUACCUUUACAAGAAAUUUUUUUCCUAGCUUUCGGUUAUUAUAAUUGAUGUCCACAAAUUCUAUUCUUCUACUGGACAAAUUAGUGACUUAUGUAUUGCACCGAAUUUCUAAUUCCAUCAUUUUUA